CAACAUCUUUCUUCUCUCUGGAUUUUUCUCCAUCAUUUCAGGGCUUUCUUUCUUCUCUUUUCCCUCCCAUAUUCCAUUCUCCUCAAAAUAUCUCUCUAUUUUCCUCUCUACCCCAACAAAAUUUCAAAAAUUUCCCCUCCUCUCUCCUUUUCACGUCACUUACCACAACUGGAAUGCUCCAGUUUCUUAAGCAGCAACAACAAGUUCCGAGUCUUAAUUAGAUAGAGAGAAAUUGAAGUCGAAAUCAAAGAAUACGACGACUGAAGAUGUUGAAGACGAAGCCAUUCCAAGGCGCGAACGUGUUCAUGUCGCGAAACCUCGUGCCGCCGGAAGUCUUCGACAAGCUACACGACGCGGUCAAAGAUAACGGCGCCCAAAUCCACCUCUGCUGCGACCCUUCCCGAAACGGCCCCAACGAUUACCACAUUAUUUCUUCCAGCAAACACGAAAAGUUCGAUGACCUCAAAUCCAAGGGCUGUAAAUUGCUCGGUCCUAUAUGUGUUCUUUCAUGUGCCAAAGGAGGAAGGCCUCUUCCUAAACAAGGCUUUACUUGUUGCCUUGCCAUGGACGGAGUCAAAGUACUUGCAUCUGGCUUUGACACGGAUGAGAAGGUUAAGAUAGAAGAGUUAGUGGCUGAAAUGGGAGGAGUUCUACACACUAAAGCAUCAUUGGAUUUGAACUUUGUCGUUGUGAAAAAUGUUUUAGCUGCGAAGUACAAGUGGGCUUUGAAUAUAUUGAAGAAACCAAUAGUCACUUAUGAAUGGUUAAAACAAUGCUCAGAUGAGCAUCGUGUUGUUCCUCAAGAGUCAUACAAGGUCCUUCCUUUCUCUGGGUUAAAGAUUUGUGUUACUGGAAUCCCAGCAGAUAAUCGUAAGGAGAUGGAGAAGCUUAUUUUACAAAAUGGUGGAAAAUACUCCGCAGAAUUGACAAAGAAGUGCACACAUUUGAUUUCUGAGGCUCCUGAAGGUGACAAAUAUAAGGUGGCAAAACGAUGGGGCCACAUUCAUAUUGUGACAAGGAAAUGGUUUGAUCAAUCUAUUGCUCGAAAAGCAUGUCUGAAUGAGGAGUUGUUCGCUGUUCAGCAUGGAUCUGUAUCUUCGCAUAAAGUAACUAGGGACUUAACAAUGCAACAUAGCCAAGAAAAGGAUUUCGGGAAAUUGCACUCUGCGGCAUCCUCAGGUGCUACAGAUUCAAAUGUGCAAGUUUUUUCUUGUGCUGAGUUUAUGGAUAGAGAUCUCGAAGCUACACAGUCAGAACACAUGUCUUCAGUUUCAAAUGUUCCUUUAUUUGCUAAGGAGGCAGAUUCUGAACCUCUUCCAUUGCAGACCUGCAGUGAAUUGAACUUUGAUGGUGCUGUUGCUAAUGAUUCUGAAUCUGAUGAUAAUGACCUGUACUUGUCAGAGUGCAGAAUAUUACUAGUUGGUUUUGAAGCAUGUGAAAUGCGGAAACUAGUUAAUAUGGUGCGUAAAGGUGGUGGCUCCCGGUAUAUGUCUUUUAAUGACAAAUUGACACACAUAGUAAUUGGGAAUCCUACUGAAAUGGAAAAGAAGGAUGUGAGGAGUCUUGCUGCUUUAGGUGUAAUUUAUGUUGUUAAAACUGCAUGGCUUGAAGAUUGUGACCGUGAAAAGAAACAAGUCCCUGUUCUUAGGAGACACAUUGCAUAUGAUCUACUUUAUCCAAAAGCAAAAGGAGCAGUAACAGGCAGUAUGUCUAUGGAUCACGCUAAAAUCUCCAGCUUUCAUCAAAGAUUGCAUCAGGUGGACUUUGAAAUUGUAAAGCCAGAAUCUUUGGAGAAAAGAAAAGAAGAGAAAAAAGAUAUGGGUAUAAAUGGUCACUCUUUCAGUGAAGCAAUAGGCAGAACGAUGCUGCAAAAUCAACUUCCUGAUAAUAAAUUGAGCUCACAAAGGAUGACCCAACAUAACUCCAGUGUUCAAUACACGAAGUCAGCAAAUGUUUUUAGAGGGAAACUAUUUUGUUUCUCAAAUUUAUAUCCUGAAGAAAAGAGAGGUGAGGUUGUUCAAUGGAUAACUCAAGGGGGAGGAGAGAUAAUAAGUGGGCAAACAAAACAGAGUACGUACUAUACUAUUGAGUGUCACGGUGUAACACCCACGUUGACACGUGAUUCCAAGAGUUUGUAUAUUUCUAGUCAUUGGAUACGAUCUUGUUUGGAGGCUGGAUCCUUGCUGGAUGUUGACAGUCACAUUCUUUAUUCUCCACUUCCCUGCCGUGUUCCCUUGCCUGGGUUUGAAAGCUUCCGGUUUUGCUUUUCACAGUAUGACGAGAAAGACAGAAAUCUCCUAAGAAACUUGUGCUUUCAUCUUGGAGCUAAAUAUGGGGAGAAGUUGACUAAGAAGGUUACCCAUUUGUUGUGUAAAUUCACCAAUGGGCCCAAGUAUGAGGCUGCUUGUAAAUGGGGGAUUCAAUCGGUUACAUCUGAAUGGAUAUUUGAAUGUGUCAAACAGAAUGGAGUUGUGGCCAUUGAUCAGUUUUUACCAAAAGAAGUCACUGCUCAAGACCGAGAUGCAGGAAUUUGCACUGUGAGUCAAUUUCCUACCCAGGCUGUUCAAAUGAUAAGUGACUUGCCCUCCCAGUUGUCUAGUCAAUCACAAACUUUGAGAGGCACGACAAAUAAAAAUGUCAGUUGUGGAGUUGAUAAUCAUGAGACCAGUUUUAGGAUACCAAGUAAUUAUAGCAAAAAGGCAAGGCUUGUGGAGGAACCUUGCCUAUCCAAUAAGAAGCCUUCAGCUUCAAAUUCAGGUAUUCAUGCUGAUGACAAGAAUUUUUCCAAAGACAAUAUGCUUAUAGAUGCCGGGGAGGCUUUUCAUGCUGUUCCAGAUGUUGCUGCUGCAAUUGAGGACUUGUUAGAGCAGACUAGUAAGAUGCAUGAUCAGAGGUCCCCAGCACAGACUGGGUGUGAGAGAAGUAUUUACCCAUCUGAUCGCUCAGUCCUUAGUGAAGAUAAUUCCAAUCCUCAUACUGUCUUUGGAUUAUCUAAACACUGGUUAAACAGAGUCACUCUAAGGAAAAGCAAAUUAAUCAGUUCUGUCAGAGUGUUAUGCACAUUUUAGCAACAGAGAAAGAGAACAUGCCUGCGGUGACCGGCGAGAGCACCUAUAACCUCAUCAGUGGACACGAACGUUCCGGUGAAGGUUCCGAGAAACAAACAGUAUCUCAGCAUUUCCUUCAGAUCCGCCACAAUCGCUUCGCCAUUCGAACUUCAAAACCACAAUUCCCUUCCUAAACAAAUGAAGCUGCACAGCAAAAGGAUCGUAGGAUGAUGAGAAUGUGCAAUGCAGUUCAAGUUCAAAUGUUAUCUAUCCAAAGCUAAUGAUCCAUAAAGAUAACAGUGUUGUUAGAUUACAUUACGUGAUCUUUUAUUUAUUAUUGAUAGAAAUCAGUGAUUAUAUUCCCUAUUAAUCAGUAAUUGAUUGAUCAUGUAAUCAAUAUUGAUUCUGUUUCUCUAUUAUAAAUAAGGAUCAAAUGUGGUCAUCUAAGACACACAAUAUUAUAGUAAAACACUGUUAUAAGUAUAAACUAUACCAGAUUGCAUAUCAUUUUUCACCUUUCUCAAAAUCAGUACUGAGCUUA